CGCAAGUCCGUGGUGUUUUUAGGGGACUCGAACCUGUCAAACAUCCCCCCCUUACAGGAUAAAGACAUACAGAUUGACAGUUUUCCGGAUGCACAUAUCCGACAUUUUACAGAACUUUUAAAUGCACUCCCACACCCAGACCCCAGACCAACCACAGUGGUCUUUUCGAUAGGAUUACAAAAUUGUGUCAAAACUAACCACGACACCACCAUCCGUAAAGACCUACUGAGACUGUUAAGAGUGGCUAAUAUUCAGUUCCCCAUGGCCAAAGUAUGGUUUACUCUUAUUAAUGACCACCCAGGUCUACCCGAUGAUACAAGGGCCAGGAUUCGGGUGCUCAAUGACAUUUUAACAGAAAAGACACACUUUUUACCAGAAAUAAACCAACAAUUAUUCCAACUAGUCAGCCAGGGGUCCACUCAAUGGACAGCGAAUACGGCUCAAUGCCUUUUUGAGAACUGGCUAUCUGAACUGUUUGGUUAAUUUUAGACACAGACAGAGUAACACAUCCCCCCUGUUUUCAUUUUACCUACCUUUCCAGAUUUCCCUCUUGGGUUAUUUAUUUAUUCACUACAGGGAGUCAGCUAACCAGAGACACUGGAGCUAGGCCCUACUCACCAUUGCAGUCGGCCAGACAAAGGCAUGCAUUUUAGAAAAAAAUGUGGGGGCUUACAAUGUGUAAAACAGCAGAUGUUUGUUUGAUUGCUUGCAGGACUGAUGGUAAUUACCUGUCUGCCGGUGUGACAUUUUUUUCCAAGGCACGAGGAGUGACGUGACGCUCAGUUUGCGCUGGGCGUGACUCACUCCAUUGCUUGGCUCUUCACACACGGCGUUUGACGCCCCGGUCUCUUUAAAAAGUUUACUACUGUAAUAACUGUAAAGCCACUACGUGGGAGAGACCGGGUACGUCUUUCUUACCACAUAACAUCUUCAUCACUUCACAGGUAAUACCUCUUCACUUUUCCCUUUUAAAGUUUUUUUUAAAAAAAACGGGACAAGUGUAAAGACUUCUCCUUGCAGGCUUGGAAACUUAACGUUUGUUUAACGCUAACGCUAAAGUACAAACAACAUCAUUAGCAAGUUUACAUUAAGAAGCCUUAAAGCUAAGCCUAACGACACUAGCAACUGGCUGACAUGUAUAUAUUGGCGUGCAUCUUACCGUGAGUGUUCUACAGCUUAGCGGCGACGGCGCGUGCCUCUCCCCACCACGUGUAGAUUUAAAUGUCAACAACAGACGCACCUCUCCAUUGCUAGACCGCAUGGCCAUUUUUGGGAGAGACCAUUAACGUAGGGUCUCCCGGAAUACACCAUUUGCCCACACAGUUGCCUCUGUUGAACGUCAUUAGCGCAGCUGUUUUGUGUCACAUCCCCUCAUUGCUUUAUUCCCAUCACCUCCCUCUUUCCCUCCCUCCCCGCCUCUCCCUUUGAAAGCACUUAUCUUUCUCCCCUCUCCUCAUUUGAGGAGUGGGGACACCGGGAGAUGGCCGCCCUCCUCUCUCUCUCUCUCUCCCUCUCUCCUCGACGUUACCACCUCCUUAGAGGCACUCCUGCCUAUAGAGACAACAAGACCAGUUUAACAUCAUGAGGCAGAGUCCCAGCCAUGAAACCUAUGAUUCCCUUGUCCUCCUUAAUAAUUAUAAUAUUUAUUUAUUUAUUUUGUAUAGUUUAUAUAAUUCUUCUAUUUAAUAUAUUGUUUUACCCCUGUAUGCACCUCCUCCUUCCAAUUUCACUUCCCCUCCCUUCUCCUUGUCUGGGUGUGUGUGUGUGAUAUUUUUUUGAUUUCCCCUCCCUUAUCCAGACGAUGUUGGCUUUCUUCAUUGAGGGCAGCAUGGUCUGGAUGACGCCUAUUUCAUUCAUUUUUUUUAGGCACUUUAUUAUGAAUUUCUCUUUCGUGUGUGUGUGUGUGUGUGUGGUGUGGUUGUUUAUAUAUUUAUUUUAAACACUGUAUCCACCUACCCCCUUUCAUGGCACUUUUUUCAUGGCUGGCCACUCUGUCAAGGCCAUCUGAGUGGCAGUCAGUAAGCCCUCUCGUGGUGAGUGUGGGUGUGCGAGAGAGACGGGCUCUCCUUCUCCCUACCUUCCCUCCCUCCCUCCCUACUUUCCCCCCCCCCCCCUCCUCACACACUGGCCACAACUGGGUUCCUCCCAGUACACUGGCGGGAAUCCGUACUGGACCCCUCCGCUCGUCAACAUCAUCAUCGCUGCUGCGCUGCGGCUACAUCCCACGGCGCUGAGUCCAGAUCCGGCUGCCGCUUUCGCUGCUGUUGCCGCUGUCAUCUCGCGGCCUUCACCUAGACACAUCACCAUUACAAACAUUUAAGAAAAGAGUGCAUAGCCCAUUUUGAACAAGCUGACUUGUUUUGGUUUUGUCUCUCUCUGUUAUCUUUACCUUCCCUUUUUAAUGCCCGGUGGGGUUUUAGAAGAGGUGCUCAGAUUGCACACUCAAUCCUCCUCAUCCUCCUUUCUCCCAGUCCAUAGUAGGACUCCCUGAGCUAGGUUUCGAGACACAUAAGCCUAGUCUCUUGUACCCUCCCCUAUGUGUAAAAAUUCCCCCUGCUGAUACGCAUAACCUGUCUGUGCCCUUGUCUGUGCUGUUGCGGAGGUCCAAAAAAUCAAAAAUAAAAAAACAAAUCUCCUGUAGCAAGUACUUCUUUGCCUCCAUCUAGUGGGGAAACACAGUAGUGGAUUCUCUUUUCUCCUUGUUUUUCUCCCUCCUUCCCUCUCACAUCCCCACUGUACACCAACACUGACACUGACUGCCCACACCUAACAUCCAUACAUCUUUCACAAGGGAUUAUGUUCUCCUAGUGGAGAUUUUUCUCUACCAAAAAAAAAAAAAAAAAAAAAAAAAAAAACCUAGAAUAUGGAAGAAUAAGUCUUAUGAUUGGUCUGAGCUUAGUUUUGUUUUUAUUUUACUUUUUCUUUAAAAACCGCUUUUUAGAAAGGGGAAUUUGGGUAUGAGUCUUGUGGAUUGGUUUUCUUCUAAACCCAAAGCUUACCUUAUCCUAAACAUAACCAUAGUUGGCCUUAUUUUCUGAUGAGUACAUUAGUACUAUCAGACUCAUAAUCAUUAACAUCCAAUCCCUUCCAUAAAUACUCACUUAGUACUCAUUUCAUACCCCCUCUCUCUCCCCUCCUUUUUUACUUCCCUUCCCUCAUUUUGCUCAGACCUUAAAGACUCUUCUCAUUAUAGAUAUAUAUAUAUAGGAAAAAGAUUAUAUUAUUAGAUACACAUAGAUAUAUAUAUUGGACAUACCUCUCUCUUAUAAACAUCCACCACAUACACCUCUUCACAUAAUAUAAGUUUUUCCCACUGUUUAUUUUACAAUGACUUUUCUUCCCUUUUUCUUUACUUUUCUUCUUCUUCUUCUCCUCUGUUCUUUCCCUCCUUCUUCUUCUGCUCCUUUCUGGAUGAAUUACAUCUGUAUGGGAAACAUGGCAAACAUAAAUGGGCACAUAAAUAGUUGCAUAGGAAAUUAAGCAUAAACGCUGUGCCCAUGCCCUGGGUACACACAGGGGAACAUAAUUUCAAGUCUUCCCUCUGUGUAUAAACCCCUUUCUCUCUCAAAUCCUAACCUUGCUAGUGCCAGCUGUUUUUCCAUUCAACUACACACUAUUAUGUAUUCCCCCAUACCAUGGUCUCUCAUCAUCCCAGAUAGGUUGCAUUUUUCCACUAUUCCUCUCUUUUCCCCCCCCUCCCUUCUUUGUCUCAUCCUAUCAUAGUCCUUGAUGCAGUAUUCUUUUUUAUUUAAAUUUUUUUACCUUUUCCUCCUGUGGGGGAUUGGUUGAUGGUUUGCAAGAUGUCAUCUAAUUGAAAAAAUGUCUUAGCCAACCAGAAGGUGCUGUGCACCUGGGUGGCAGUUAAAAUGGAUGAUUUAAACUGACCUGCUCACAGCUCCAGCCCUCACUUCUUGUAUGACUGUUGGUAGAGACAGACAAAGUGCUUCUGAUGAAGCCAACGAUGGCGUAAACGUUAAGCCGAGUUUCUGUCUUACGUGUAUGAAUGAGCCUUUUAUUCUUUUUAAUGAUUUUUUAAACAGUUUUGAAUUCCUGGAAGGGUAAACAGUUUUCAAAGCCGUGCAGGAAGGAUUACCCUACCUAUGGAUUAUCAACAAAACAUUUCCAAAUAGGAGGAGGACAUACUAACCAGUAACCUCUGACUUUGGGAACUAAGAGAUUUCUUCUCCAUCCGGACACUUUUAAAACUCCACCAUCUUCUCCUGCGGAUACCCUGAAAACAACCAAAAAAGGACAACAUUUUGUUACAAACAAAGACAACGGAAAGGUAAAAACAUGUGUUAAAAAUACUCACCUUAAAACUUUGACAAGGGCAACUGGCUCAAAAGGACUGAGUUUUUAAACUGAACAAGUGUUUUGCUUUCCAUGUCUUAGUGACAAAUGUUUAAAAAUACCACCUUUUAUAAGCUGUUGAUCAGAGUUGUAUUUGUUUGUGGGUAACCUGUACUGGAGGAGUCAAGUCUCAACAGUGUUUAUUUGAUUUAGUUUAUUAUUUUCUCAUAUUUUUUUCCUCUGUUUAACUUUGUUUGACCCUUUACUCAAACAGUUUAUUUGUGUAUUUUUUUCACUCCCUUGUUACUCCUCGCAUCUCCAUUUUGUUUGUCCAGUCCCCCUUUUCCACCAUUUUGUAAUCAUACAUCUCUGCCAUAGAUUCUUCCCUCUCCCCAUUACUUUACAAUUACCAGCUUCACCAUAUCCUCCAGUUUUUUCAUUACCCUGGUCAACAUUGACUGAUUUUUUUCGUUUUUACAUUACAUUUUUUAUUUUUCAAUUCCAAUAUACUGACCUUUUUAUCUUCCUUUGCCCCUCACUUCCUUAAUAAUCUUUUUUGCCCUCUCCCCCCUUCUUUUGUAUAUCAGUUCACCCCGAACACAUUGGUGCAACUAGGUAUCUCUUGGUAAAUAGAAACACCAUUUUGUAUUAUUUAAACCAACCUUUCUUGUGUAUCCACCAAACAUCUUUUACCCACCAUAUCUAUAUACGCACACAUAGUAACACUCACUCACGCAUAACAUAUACUACUCACUCACACAUGCACCCACACACGCCAUUCAACUCACCUGUGUAGUCUUACCUGACCUGGUGCCACUCCUCCUCCUCCUCUCUCUCUCUCUCUUCUCUGUUACCUGCCCCCUCCUUUGGCAGGAUGGCCCACACCACUGGGAACAGAAUUUCUGCCCUUAGAACAGAGAGUGUCAGUAUGGGGGAAACUAAAUCAGAAGACUAUUUAGACCCACCCACCCUAGACCCCGUCAAGGCCUAUUUUAAGAUUUUACAGUGUAUACAUCACUUAGAAAUUUUAGAAAACUGCUUAAAAACUAAAGUCUGUCCCAUGGGUAUGAAGCGUAAGGUGGAGAAGCUAGCCAGCUUCAUUAAACCAGCUUCCCCUGAUUCCUUCAUCCAGACCGUAAUUGCGGCUCACACCGAAGCCUGGCUGUGGGACUGUAUCAUGGCUCUGCGGAACCAUUAUGCGGACCUGGCCGAUGCUAUUCAUAGCAACCUAGGCCCUUUUCAACCGGCAGCAGAAUGUAAGGCCAUUAAGUGGGCCCGUUCUCGCUACCGGAGGAAGCUGACCCCCUCAUCCAUAGCCUCCUUGCAGCGCAAACUCCUCAUCACUUACACUGCAGUCUCUCACCAGCCCCCUCCCAUCAUCACCACAGCACCACUCACAGCUAACCCGAAGCGGCCUCCUCCCUCUUCCACUAUCUCCACACACCCAACUACCCCUACUCACAAACAUUCACCCACUCCUACCCCAACUGCUAAACCUAACCCUGCCCAUACCCCAGGUCCUAAACCUAACCCUGCCCAUACCCCAGGUCCUAAACCUAACCCUGCCCAUACCCCAGCUGCUAACCCCAACUCUGGAGCUAACCCCACCUCCACUCAUAACCCCAAACAUACACCUGCUGCUACCCCUACCUCCCGUACUCAACCCCUUCCUCUCCCACCUAUAAUAAAACCCCCUCCAUCAGCCCGGAGUAGCAGUGCCAGACAUCGGGUUCUCUUUAAAGCACCCAAUGAUCUGGCGCUGCCUCAGGGUUUUCAUCAACCCUUCACCACACCUCCUCCUAAGCUCCCUCCACUGUCAUCUUCACGGUCAUCCUCGGUUCUCAUGCCCCCUCCAGCCCCCCCAUCUCCCUCAUCCUACCCUCCCCUCCUCCCCACCACUCCUCCCAAAGCCCGUGUCCGCCUGGCGGACACCGACUGGCCCUUUCAUUUUCACCCGACGGAGCAACAGCUCGCGCAAUCCAUCACUCCCCCUGCCCUCUCCACACCCCAUGCAAUAACAUCACACACUCCACCCAGUCCCCUCUCUCCCCACCUCCCCCCUCCCUGCUCCUCCUCCUCUCCCCGCUUACCUGUCACGGGGUCAGCUUCCUCGUCAUCCUCCUCUCUCACACCAGUGGGACCCACCGUAGCCGUAGACAGACCAUCUCACGCAACAUCUGGUCAGUCCAUGACCCUCACGCCAUCGCCACCUGUAAACAGAAACAGACUUAGUUUGAUUAAAAAGAAACAGCAAUACUCCUUUUCGGAUCCCAAUCACUGGGAGCCGGUCUGCCAUAGGGACACCCAGCGUAAAAACGCAGACUGGGCCAUCACCAUCCGCAAGUCAGUGGUGUUUUUAGGGGACUCGAACCUGUCAAACAUCCCCCCCUUACAGGAUAAAGACAUACAGAUUGACAGUUUUCCGGAUGCACAUAUCCGACAUUUUACAGAACUUUUAAAUGCACUCCCACACCCAGACCCCAGACCAACCACAGUGGUCUUUUCGAUAGGAUUACAAAAUUGUGUCAAAACUAACCACGACACCACCAUCCGUAAAGACCUACUGAGACUGUUAAGAGUGGCUAAUAUUCAGUUCCCCAUGGCCAAAGUAUGGUUUACUCUUAUUAAUGACCACCCAGGUCUACCCGAUGAUACAAGGGCCAGGAUUCGGGUGCUCAAUGACAUUUUAACAGAAAAGACACACUUUUUACCAGAAAUAAACCAACAAUUAUUCCAACUAGUCAGCCAGGGGUCCACUCAAUGGACAGCGAAUACGGCUCAAUGCCUUUUUGAGAACUGGCUAUCUGAACUGUUUGGUUAAUUUUAGACACAGACAGAGUAACACAUCCCCCCUGUUUUCAUUUUACCUACCUUUCCAUAUUUCCCUCUUGGGUUAUUUAUUUAUUCACUACAGGGAGUCAGCUAACCAGAGACACUGGAGCUAGGCCCUACUCACCAUUGCAGUCGGCCAGACAAAGGCAUGCAUUUUAGAAAAAAAUGUGUGGGCUUACAAUGUGUAAAACAGCAGAUGUUUGUUUGAUUGCUUGCAGGACUGAUGGUAAUUACCUGUCUGCCGGUGUGACAUUUUUUUUCCAAGGCACGAGGAGUGACGUGACGCUCAGUUUGCGCUGGGCGUGACUCACUCCAUUGCUUGGCUCUUCACACACGGCGUUUGACGCCCCGGUCUCUUUAAAAAGUUUACUACUGUAAUAACUGUAAAGCCACUACGUGGGAGAGACCGGGUACGUCUUUCUUACCACAUAACAUCUUCAUCACUUCACAGGUAAUACCUCUUCACGUUUCCCUUUUAAAGUUUUUUUUUUAAAAAAAACGGGACAAGUGUAAAGACUUCUCCUUGCAGGCUUGGAAACUUAACGUUUGUUUAACGCUAACGCUAAAGUACAAACAACAUCAUUAGCAAGUUUACAUUAAGAAGCCUUAAAGCUAAGCCUAACGACACUAGCAACUGGCUGACAUGUAUAUAUUGGCGUGCAUCUUACCGU